GCCAUUUUUUUCGGCUGUCAUUUAUUUUCACGCCGGUCGCUUGCGGAGUGUGUUGUGUUGCUUCAUUUCAUUUCGAAGAAAUACCUAAAUCCUUAAAUUACCAAGUGCGAGCUGGAAGAUGAGUAUGGAACACAAGUGUUUGUGCCGCGGCGAUGAGGCCAGUACCCUGGACCUCGAAAAGCCCACGCAUCUCAUGCCAAUGAUGAGACCAUUCUCCAUGAGUUUCAACAAAAUGCCUCUCCAGAUCGCUAAGCCCGCCCCCCAGUUCAAGACCACCGCGGUGGCCAACGGAGAGUUCAAGGACAUCGCUCUCUCUGAUUUCAAGGGCAAAUACGUCGUGCUGUUCUUCUACCCUCUAGAUUUGAAUAAGCUACGGUUAGCGCAUGCCAACUGCGGAUGGGUGACCGCUCAUGCUAAGUUAACUGGCGGUCCCGAUGUCGGCAAACCCACCCCGAGGCCCUGUUGGCUUAGCAAUUGUGUCCCUAGGCUGGCCUCUAAUAAAGGUUCCAAGAACACGUUCGUGUGCCCCACCGAGAUCAUCGCGUUCUCUGAGCGCGCCGACGACUUCCGCAAGAUCGGAUGCGAAGUGCUCGCCGCCUCCACCGACUCUCACUUCACGCACCUCGCGUGGAUCAACACGCCCCGCAAACAAGGUGGUCUCGGCCCGAUGAACAUCCCGAUCCUGAGCGACAAGUCGCACAGCAUCGCGCGCGACUACGGCGUGCUCAAUGAGGAGACCGGCAUCCCGUUCCGCGGCCUGUUCAUCAUCGAUGACAAGCAGAACCUGAGGCAGAUCACCGUCAACGACCUGCCCGUCGGACGAUCUGUCGAGGAGACCCUCCGUCUGGUGCAAGCCUUCCAAUUCACUGACAAGCACGGUGAGGUGUGCCCCGCCAACUGGCAGCCCGGCGCCAAGACCAUCAAGCCUGACACCAAGGCCGCCCAGGAGUACUUCGUCGACGCAAACUAAACAAUAACACUCCCUACAGUCUGUCGGCAAAAUACAAAGCGUUUGAUGGAAGUACUCACCCGAAUCACACCCACCUUGAUUCGGGUGUGUAUAGACACUUCGGUGACAGACUGUAUGGGUUUUUAGAUACAGUUAGAUGUGUUAGAAUGGUACACAGAGUAUAGGGCUUUAAUUUUUGUAUUAUAAUUUGUGUUAGGACUCUGAAAGUGGUCAGUAAUUGUCAACAACCCACCUAUGCAGAAGUCACCUUGGCCUUUGCAUAGUUGGCAUUAUGUUGAUCGCUUUUAGGGUCACAAUAUGAUUAUUUUUGGAAAUUUCAGUCUUAUCGUUAUUUAUUAUUGAGAUCGUCCUUACAUUGUGUUCAGAAUUUGAACUCUAGUACAUUUUUCAUCAGCUACAAUACAAGUUAUAGACUCUCCUCAACAGUACUCUGUGGUGAUGUUUGCUUUUGUUUCGCGGGGAGAAUUUGUUCCCGCUGCAAGAGAGGUGCGGUUGAGUCGUGGACCGUUGCCUACCGCGGUCGCACCGACACCCGCCGAAAGUCCCAGCGCAGUGCACACUCGCGCUCCACAAGAGGGAGGGGGAAGAGGGGCUGCCCACCCCGUGCUGCAGAGGCCGUCCUGGAGGCCUCGCGCGUCCCCCUCGGCAGGCCGGGGUCCAGCCAACCCCGCGUGCGCUCAACGCGAGGAAGCCCACUCGCAGAGCGCGUCCACACACCGCGACCUCUGACUGCAAGCCGUGGCCUGGCCGAUCCAUGGCGGCAAAGAGGUCCCCUCCUAGGACCGCUGCGAGAGAGUACUGCUGGAGGACAUUCACCCAUUUCUUCCAGUGAUAGCGAGCUAUUCCUGCGAAUAGAGGGCACUCGCCCUGAGACUCCAUGAAACAGCUGGCACGCUAGCUGUGAAGUGUGGUGCGGGUUCCAACCGGACACCGAGAAAAAUGUUUGAUUUUCAAAUAUUUGUCUCGAGUAUGGCUGUUGAGUCUUGUUCCUGAUAGUUUUUGAUAGCCAAAAGAAGACAAAAAGUGUCUUCCGUGGAGUCAAAAGUAUAGGGAUUUUGUUUGAAUUUAUAUCACAAUAGUUUCAUUCAAUACCCUUGAAAAUUUUAAUACAUCUAGCUUUAUGUAUGUAAACAUAUUGUAUUUAAUAAACGUUCCUUUUAUUACUUACGAAUUCUGUUGAACAGAGAUCGUGAUUUUCCAGUUUUUAAUUUAUAGUUGGUUUGUGAAAAUUUGGAGUUUUUGUAAAGGCAUUUGAAUCUCACGGCGUGAUGCGUGUUUGUUGCCAUCUUUUGGAAUCAUCGUGAGAUCAACUUUGUUAAACCUCAAGUUAUAAAUACAUCCUGGUGUACCUUAGGCAUGAAUACGUAAUGUUAUUGAGGUUAGAAGUUCGCAGACUCGCAACUCCUGUUUUCAGAAUGUCAUGUAGUUGUCCGUGGACCUCCUAUCAGUAUUCUACAGUGAACCUUGUAAACCGAGGCUGUAAUAAACGAUGUGUUUUAGAAA